UUUAACGUAAGAAGACACGCUAAAGGAUUUGCUCUGAAGCUACACAAUGGAUGUAUUAGAGAAAGAAGGCUCUAUGUUUUUACAAGGAGUCAAAUUUGGAAAGAAGAUCUGGAGGAAGAUCUGGGUGAUGGUGUUUAAACCCAGCCAGGUGGGAAUCGGUCGCAUCGAGAUGUACGACAUACGGGAAGGUGCGGGCGUCUCCGCGAGGCUCGCCAUCCUGAAGAAGGCCGAGAAGCGCGUGAUCCGGCUUUCGGAGUGCCUCAGCGUGACGCCGGCUCUGAGUGAAAGCUGCCCGGCAGGAUGCACCGCUUUUUACCUCAACACAGCUCAGCGCAUCUACACGCUGGCAGCGCCGACGCAUGAGGAGUGGGUGUCUGCCCUGUGCUCUCUGGCAUUUCAGGGGAACGAUGCAGGUGGCGAGGUCAGGAGAACGCAGGGUGAUGGUUUUGGUGAUGAUGCGCCCAUGACGGAAAACGACAUCUACUCCUCCUUGGGUCCAGGUCAGUUCCAGGUGAAGGUGGCAACCUCAGAGGCCUCCAUCCGCUGCUGCUUGUUCGGAGCAUACCUGCUGUCUCCUGAGAAAGAAAACCUAUGCUUGCUGGACAUGAAGACAGGCCAAGCCGUGUUCUUCUGGCCGUAUCGCUUUCUCCGCAGAUUUGGGCUGGUCAAGGAAGGGAUAACAAUCGAGGCAGGUCGCCGCUGCCAAACAGGAGAGGGCGUCUUCAUUUUCCUCUCCAAGAAGGGGCCACAGAUCUAUCAGGCAAUCGAGGAGGCCAUCAUGCAUCAAAGUGUGCAAGACCUGCUGUCCCAAGCUACCGCUCUGCCACAAGAGAACACGGUCCAACUGCCAGUGCACACAGCCAGUCCAGCAUCUCCAAAAAAUUCCUCGGCCAUCUCCCGAAGAAACCUCGCUCUUCCUGCUCUUCCUGGUCCAAAACCCUCUGCCAGAAGCCCUCAACCUGGAUGUGAUCAAGCAGUGUAUGCCAAGGUGAAGCCUCAGCCCAAACCAAGAAAUAUACCAGCACCUCCACCACUGCCUAUACCCAAACUCAUAACUGAGACAGAGGCAAAUCCAAAUGUUAUGGACAUUACUGACAAAGAACAUGAUUACGAAUCAUGUGAAUGGAACAAGAAAGCCCAGUCAAGACAAGACAGUUCCGACAGUCAGUUGUACAGCACAGUCAGACCUAUUCUACAUGUCAGAAGAAAAUCUGACGCAGAUGCCGUCCAAACAAAAAGCAGCCAGCAGUCUCCAGAAAUCUCGGUCAACUUUAAACAAAUUCUGUCAGAUGUUCUCUUCAAGGACAAGACCAGGAUCUCACCAACUCCUACACCCAAACCAUAUGAAGACGACUCAGAUUUGCUAAAUGAGCCAGAUUACUAUGAGAUCCGGAAAUGAACGCACCACU